ACACUUCCUAUUACUUACUAAGUCAUUGAACUUUUAAAAUUAACUUUUCGAUUUGGUACAUUUUACAUGACUACCUCAAAGAAUAAUUUUACACAUUGCAGAUGGAGCUAAAAUGCAUUUUCACAUUAACACUAACAAACUAUACAAUCAUAUGUACAUACAAAAUGUCAAAGAAUCUUUAAUGAUCUUUCCCUAAUCUCUAGAGGAUACAUGUGUUAUUAUUGUAUCAAACAUGAAUAGCAACAAACAAUAUGCAAAAUUGCAAUAAUUUUGAAAAAAAGAUCAUUAAGCGUACAUGUACACUUUCGCUUUCAUCCACAAACUGCUUUCGACAUUUACACCAAUUCAAGUGCAACAAAAAGCCCAGGCACAGUCAAUGACUGUUAUCCCCACGGGAUUAAACAUAUGGUGAUUAAUUAACCAAAUAAAAUUAUCUUGGAUACUACAAAAAUAUAUAAAAAGAGGAGAUUUUAAAUAAUCAUCUACAGUCUUAAAUUGUUCUUUAAAGUGAAAUGAAACUAAAUUUUAAAAAUAUUUCAAUACUCGUCUUAUUGCUUGGAUUGUUCUGUGGAAUCCAAGCAGGCACUUUUAAACCGUUUGUGCGCAGUCGUUACAGUUUACGUUGGCGUAAAACCACUGAGAUUCCAAAAGUUUGGGAUUCAUCGACAACUUCUAGCGUUAAUCAGGAAACGGAAAAAAUAUCUUUAAAACCCAUCGAUACAUCGGAGAAUCUUAAUGAAAAUACAAUACAAUUAACAACUGUCAAGGAAUUAUUGAGAACGUCUACUCAUUCGACAGAUUAUGAUUAUUAUAAUAAUGAGGUGGAAGAAGAACAUAAAAAUUAACUCAACAAAAUUUUAAAAUAUUUUUUAUGGCAAUCAAAUUAGGAUAAAAAGGAAUUUAACUAAUGUUAUUUUUAAUAAAAUCUUCCAUAACUAAAUAAACAAUAAAAUGCAAGUUUUUUUAAUAUAAA